GGGAGAAGGGCCCGCUCUGCUUUGGCUUUUACCGAAGAGAGAACCGGCGAGCGCAUUGCGAGUUCGUCCGUACGCGAGAGAACACGCUAUUUGUAAUCAUGAACCAAGUGAAUUAACGUAACUUUACUUUUUGUAUACUUACGCGUCAUUAUUGAGUGGGAUUUUUGAGCGAUUGUAAUUGAGAGUGUUUUUUUGGUGGUUGUUUUUUUUUUUGGGUUUUCGUUUCGCGCCUGUUUUUUACUGUUGCCGGCGUUUGAGGAAAAAGGCCUUAAAAUUAAAGCGAUAAAGAGUAGGCCUAACGGCCCCAUGAUGACCAUGGACGUGUCAAAAACAGAGGUGACCAAACCCAACAACCAAGGUCAGCCGCAAGAGUGCGCCGGAUGCUGCAAGCCGAUCACCGAACGCUAUCUGUUGAAAGCCCUGGACAUGUUCUGGCACGAGGACUGUUUAAAGUGCGGAUGUUGCGAUUGUAGACUGGGCGAAGUCGGAUCCACCCUGUACACUAAAGCCAAUUUAAUUUUGUGCAAAAGAGACUAUUUACGUUUGUUUGGCAAUACCGGUUAUUGUGCUGCUUGUAGUAAAGUAAUACCGGCGUUCGAGAUGGUUAUGAGGGCCAGGAGUAAUGUUUAUCAUUUGGAAUGUUUUGCGUGUCAACAGUGUAAUCAUAGGUUUUGCGUCGGCGAUAGAUUCUACUUGUGCGAAAAUAAAAUCUUGUGCGAAUACGAUUACGAGGAACGACUGGUGUUUGCGAAUAUGGCUUACAAUCCGCCGCCGUUGUCGCAUUUAAAACGACAAACAUCGAUACCGCCGACCUCGUUGCCGAACCACCACAUGAUAAACGGACACAGACCGUCACUGCCGCCGCCGCCGACAAGCGGCGACAUGAACAACAACAUGUCGGCUUCGGCCGGCCAAAAUUCGACCGGCGGCCAAUCGUUCGUGGGCGCGAAUCACCUGAAAAACGGUCCCAUGUCCCUGGGGACGCCCAGCUGAAAGUAACUUGACUGUGAUUUUUGAAUUCAGUUAUUUUGGUCAGUGAUAAAUAUUGACCGGAAAUCAUGUAUACUAUGAGUCUAAGGGGGCGGUCACAUAGUAGAGCACAGAGUGGAACGUAAUUUGAAGCAUUUUUAGGAAGGUAUUCAAUUAAUCAGGACACUAAUGUUUUCGUUGACUUUUGUUGAUAUUCUGCUUCUUUUUACCUGAUGUUAAGUAGAACCAUCCAAUAGAUUGAGAGUCCAGAAAAAAACUAAAUCACGAGCUCGUAGAGCGAGGGUAAACAUUUACGAGCCCGUAGGGCGAGAGUUUUUUUCUGGUGAUGCUGGUGGUAAUGCUGGUGGUGAUGUUGGUGGUAAUGCUGGUGGUGAUGCUGGUGGUGAUGCUGAUAGUACUUGCUAGUGCCAUUAGAUAUUUCUUUGCAGCUACAAGUAAUUAACCUCGCCAAGUCUACUGUAGAUCUUUUCUAAUUUUAUCUUUAAUAAUGUUGAUGUUUCACUUAAAAGUAGGAAUACUGCAAGACGAAACGAGACACGAAUAAGCUCUCUCUUGUCUUGUCUCGAAGGUUUGAAAGAAAAUGAGUUUCGUCUCUGCUGAUGGCAUUAACAAGUGCCAUUAGCAUUACCACCAGCAUUAUUAGAAAAAAACCAACCCUCGCCCUACGGGCUCGUGAUUUUUUCAAGAUGACACGCUCUUUGUGUUUAUGUGUGACCGCACCCUAAGAAUGUUCAGCUUUCCCACCAAAAACAAACGUUCAUUUUAUGUGUUUAUGAGAAUUUCCAUUUUCCUGUAAAAUAUUAUAAAUAUCCAUUUGUACAUAAUUAUUAUAUUCGUAUACGUUAAAAUUGUUUGUAUAUAAUGCUCAGUAUUUUAAUAGGCUUUUAACAACUUCACUGAAGAAUUAUUGUUCUAUACAGGUGGAGUUGGAACAAAUGUGAAGACUAAGGGUACGUUCAGAAACUCAACUAGCUAAAAAAGAGAGUCAGUUGCUCAGAUAUACAGGGUGGUCCAUUCAGCUUGAAGACAGGCGUGUUUUUGAAAAAAAAAAAGUUCAAAUACAAGUUAUAUGGUGUCAUGGGGGAAAGAAAAUAUUAACACCAUUAACAUUAAAGUAAACAAAGUUUUGUUUCGCCAAUAUCUUGGAGCACUUAUGAGUUAGCGGCAGAUAGAUGAGUUGCAAUCAUGUGCAGUUCUUCAUUAUUUUGGUCAAUUGUAUGACGGGUUCAGAGGAGAGAGCGGGCUUGUUACACCUUUGAUGCAUCCCACCAUGGCCCUUCUCGAGCAGUUCAUCUCUCUUGGUUCAUGGGCGGGUCUUGUCAUCACAACAAUCAUCAGAGCUGGACUCUGUACCGAAUCGAAAUAUUUUCUCGAUCUCUAUUGACGUCACUUUCUAUCGAUUUCGAUAAGAGAGAAGAAUAAAGGAAGUCCAAUAACGAUGGAGAUAACGAUCUCUAUUCAUUAGAGAGUCCCAGCCCAGUUUAUGAAUGAGAUGCUGUCAAGAUGUCAUUGGUUAUGACAAGACCCCCCACAGGCCAGGAGAGGGGUCAUGGUGGGGAUGCAUCAAAGGUGUGAACAAGACACGCCCUCCCCUCUGAACCCAUGAUUCACUUGACCAAAAGAAAAAAGAAAUGCGCAACUCGUUUAUCUAUCUAUCUGCCUCUAACUCAUAUGAUAUUCAUUUGAUGGUUUAAUGGACCACAGUGUAUACAAAAUUAACUGAACAUAGCUUCAAUAUAUGUAUUAUAGGAAACAAUUCUUGAAAAUAUUGUCAAAUGCUUUUUAAUUAUUUUCUUUUUUUUUUUUAAACGGGUAUAAUGUAAAAUAUCAAAUUUAUGAAAAUGUAUAAUCUUUGCAAAAAAUCCGUAUAAUUAAACCAAUAAUUAAUUAUUGUUGUUAAAACUUGUUUUGUUGUUGCCAUAUUAUGUUAAUUAUUUAAGAAGAAAAUUGUUUUAGUUAAGAAAAUAUAAAUUUAGCUUUAAAGAAAAAAAUAGAAGACGUGAGAAAUUAUUAUAAAAAAAAAAUUGAAAGAAAUGAGGUGCCAAUUUUUCUAGUUUUCGUCUCUUUGUACAGUACAAAAUUUAGCGUACCGCAUAUUAUGCCAAUGAUUUUACCAAAGAAAAUAAAGUCGUAAUUGAUUAAAGUUUUUAGUUGUUUUAUUGAAGGAAUAAAGUCACGAUUGAUAAGCUCA